UUUUGGCUCCCAUUCACCAGCUUUUCCUCAUUUUUCAGCCAGGUGCUUCGCGAGGCGAGACACCUCCGAGAAACACGCGCAAACACUUUCACUUUAGCAGCCGGCGUCUGACUUGGGAACUUGCACCUCCUCCGUGGAUCUUUUGCGCUCCGGCAGCUUAACCGCGGAACCUAUGUUGCCAGGGCAAGAUAACUGCUCGUCUCGCUGAAUCCGAUAGUGACUGAUCGACCUCUGGAUUUUUAUGACUUUAUUUUUUGCACAUUUCCGAAAACCCACGAGAACUGGUAUGAGCCGUUUCUAUCUGCUGGAGAGGUGAAUAUAUUUCUUGGUGGUUUAAGAACUUUUUUUCCGCUGUCGAAGAGGGAGAAUUGAACGUGUGCUUUUAAAAUGUCAAAACCUUUAGAUCACAUCAAGAGACCCAUGAAUGCUUUCAUGGUGUGGUCCCGGGGUCAACGGAGAAAAAUGGCACAGGAGAAUCCCAAAAUGCACAAUUCAGAAAUCAGCAAAAGACUUGGCGCCGAAUGGAAACUGCUUUCUGAAUCCGAAAAACGACCUUAUAUCGAUGAGGCUAAGAGACUGAGGGCGCAGCAUAUGAAAGAACAUCCAGACUACAAGUACAGACCCAGACGCAAGCCCAAGAACUUGCUCAAAAAAGACAGGUAUGUCUUUCCGUUGCCCUACCUCGGGGACACAGACCAUUUGAAAGGAUUUUCCGCGGACUCUCUCUUGGCUUCGUCAGACAAAGCCAGAGCGUUCCUGCCGCCAACAUCGGCCCCGUACUCGUUUCUCGACCCAAGCCAGUUCAGCUCCAGCGCUAUCCAGAAGAUGACAGAAAUGCCCCACGCUUUGACCACCAGCACGUUGCCAUACGCCUCCUCCCUGGGAUACCAAAACGGCGCGUUCGGCAGCUUGAGCUGUCCCAGCCAACACACUCACACUCAUCCGUCGCCCACAAACCCGGGGUACGUCGUGCCCUGUAACUGUAGCGCCUGGUCAACCUCAAGUUUACAGCCCCCAGUUGCCUACAUACUUUUUCCAGGUAUGACCAAGUCAGGAAUAGACCCAUACUCUUCAGCACAUGCUACUGCUAUGUAACGCACAAAAACUAAUUUUUGAAACUUGAAUACAGCAAUGCAUGUGAAUAUGAAAAAACGUGAGAAGGAGCCGGGCGCUCAGAAAUUAUGGAAAGCAACGGACUUGUUUUCAAAGAAUCAAACAAGAACUCUUACGAUUCCAAACAGGACGCUUCUUCUAAGACUUCAGCAAGGGACUUGGAAUAGCCGCGAGGCAGGUGCCCUAUGAACUGUAAGAAUUGUAAAUGUUAAAACGUUUAUUGACGGCUACCGUAAUACAAGGUGGCCUUUAAGUUUAUUUAUUAUGUACAUUUUUAUUCUAUAAUUUUUUUUAAUUUAAUGGUUCAUUUUUUACAUAUCCUUUUCCAAAACAAAAUUUGGGUUGCACAAGUUUUGACUGUAAAAAUAGAAUGAAUUUCUUGAAACCCGAACGUUUUAAAAGUUUAGAGUAAAAAUCAUAAACUCAAAAGUUCAAUUAUAAUGGAUAUAUUGUUUCUAUUUAUUAAAUAGGCACGUACGUUUUGAUUGCUUAUACAAAAUACCAAAUUGUAUUAUUAUUAUUAUUAUUAUUAUUAUUUGUGAUAAUGGUAAUAAUAAUGUGUUUUUACAUUUCCCCUCAUGUGAUCCAGUGCUAUAUGUUACUUUUCUUCUAAAAGCACUUCGAGUUUGAAGCCAGACAGUUAUUCUUGUUUUUUCCUCUCUGAAAUGGUAUUUUCAAUUUGUGGAAAGGGAAAUGUGUCCGGCCUGAUGUUUCUCUCUGUUCAUUUGACGUUUUGAAUAAAGACAAUCUGUCUUCAAAAUA